UUCAUUCAAGCUCUCAAAAUUUCCCUAUAAGACCGCCCAAAUUUCCAGUUUGAAAAUUUUGCUCACUUCGUUGGCUGCUCCCAAAUUCUCUUCUUCUCCUUCCUUUUAUCAUUUGCAGUGGAAAAGCUCCAUUCUCCUUCUGCUGCCAAUCAAGAAUAUAUUUUUUAAAGCUAAAACAAACGAUUGAAAAUGCCGGAGUCGAGAGACAGAUUGUCGAGGGCCUUUGACGUAGCUACCUUAUUCGCACGAAGAAGAUCGGAGAUUCUUGCGAUUUAUGAAGGCCAGCCAGACCUUGAAAGGGCCUUGUUUGUAUCUCCGUGUCGUCCACAGAUGGCAGCCAACCGAACUGGAGCAUUAGGCACCAGUCCUAUUGGACGUGGAAGGGGCACUCCGAGAGGCCAGACUGGGCGUGGCAGGAAUAUUUACAGAACAUCGGGUUUAGGCAGGGAGAACACGCCAGUUGGGAGUAUGAUGCGGGGAAAUGGCAGUGGAAGAGGUCGUGCCUCGAACAGUAUCUUACCUUCUUGGUACCCGAGAACCCCUCUUCGUGAUAUCACUGCUAUUAUCAGGGCAAUCGAAAGGAGAAGGGAAAGUUUGGGAGUAAGCAGGGCCCAAGAAAUUGAGAGCUCAGUGCCCCACGCUUAUGGCGUUCUUGACUCUUCGGAAGAAUCACCAGAUGCUCAUCUCAAACACAGUAAUACUAUUAUGUUUCUAAUUCCAAAUCUUGAACUAAAGCGCUGUCCACCUACUGUGGGAAAAAUUCCAAGAAUCCUGCUUGAUAUUACAAAGCAACCCUCUGAAGAUUCAUUGCUUACACCUCAGAAGAAGCUCUUGAACUCAAUUGACACAGUUGAGAAAGAAGUGAUGGAGGAACUGCAAAAACUGAAGAGGACUGCUAGUGCUAAAAAGGCAGAGAGAGACAAAAAAGUCCGUACUCUUAUGUCAAUGCGGUAAUCAAUCAUCUUCUGAUGAUAGUUAUGUCUUUUACAGCAAAAAGUUAGCAGGACGACAGUGUUGGAAUUGGAAGGCAGGGCCCGUGAUGACACACACCUGUGCGGUAAGAUUGAUCAUGUACUGGUGAUAACUUGUGCACAUUGAGAUUAAUCAUCUUCUGAUGAUACCAACUUUAGACGUUUUGAACUUCAGAUAUCUGCAGAGGGCUCUUAAUAUUUUGAUCGUUUUCUGGUUGCUUUUCUCUUCUCGCGGAAGGCCUCGAGGUUCACAUAGAAUGAAUUAGCCGUUUCAUGAUCAUUGCUGAAGCUCUAGUUUAGGGUUGGUCGCAACCUUAUUGAUGUUUCCUUCAUUCUCUUGAAGGUUUUUUACUUGUUACCUUCUUUCUCUUGAAGGUGUAUAGGAUAAGUACGCUAUAUGUUUUUUCUUGAUGUACAUAAUGGCUAGAUUAGAACCUACCUUGGUACUUAUUUUGCUAACGCGUUGUUAUUUUUUCAAGUAGAAGAUUUAUCCCAA